AUGGACCUGCUGGUACCAGUUCUCCAACUAAGUUAUCAGUGUCUGUCUGUGCUGGUGGUUCUUCCUUCUCUCUCUCUGCACCUGUCUGUCUUCUGAGCAUGUGUGGUCAUCCUGGCAGUGUAGGUGGUGGCAGCCCUGGUGACUGUACCCACAGCAACCUUUGGGGCUGAGGGUGGGUUGUGAGGUGUGCGCCUCUGCCUUCUGCGUUUCCCCAGCAGAUACUGGUUGGGGGCAUACCAGCUACAGGGGGUGGUUCUGGCCUUCAUCGUGUCCUUGGGCACCAUCACCAUGCUGUUGCUGGCUUUUCCACAGAGUCCGCAGUGGUGCAGGCCUCCGCGGUGAUGCAGGCCUCCGCAGUGGCAGGACAGCCGAGUGGUAGCCCGCUCUGUUCCUGUCCUGAUGGCUUCCUUCAUCCUCUGCUGGUUUUCCAACCAUGCAGUCACUCUCUGGGGCAUUCUGGUAAUGUUUUACCUGGUGCCCUGGGACAGCACUUUCUACAUCAUCCAUACUUGCGUUUUUCCUGUCAUCACCCGCUUGGCACACAGCAACAGCUGCCUCAACCCUGUGCUAUGUCUCCUCUGGUGCCAGCCUCAGCAAGUUCUGGUCAGUGCCUUCAGGGACUCUUGGUCAAGAGUGUGGCCCCCAAAGCAAGGCCUGUGUGGAAGUGGGAGAUGGGUAGCUGGCACCCAGAGAGUGGACUCUCGACAAGCACAAACACAAAGGACACCUGGAUGCCACUUAGACGUUCCCGUUCCCUUUUCUGAGAUCUACAGGGGGCAGAACCCACAGAUUCUGGGGAGAAGCUGCGCUCUCUGCCAGUCUGUAGGGUUCCCGGGGAAAGUCUGACCUUUGAUCACCAACUGUGGGUGUGGCAGGACCUAGAAGCUGGAGCCCAGGCCGAAAGUGGGUGUGGCAACACUUGUCCC